AUAUUAUGGGGAGAGGAAAGAUAGAAGUGAAGAGAAUUGAGAACAAAACAAGUAGACAAGUUACUUUCUCAAAGAGAAGAGCUGGACUUCUCAAGAAAACACAUGAACUUUCUGUUCUUUGUGAUGCUCAAAUUGGACUUAUCAUUUUUUCAACUAAAGGCAAAUUGUUUGAGUACACCACUCAACCUCACAGCAUGGGUGAAAUCAUUAAUAAGUAUCUCCAAACCACUGGUGCAUCACUUCAAGUUCAUGAUCAUAGGGUGGAACAAUAUGAUGAAAUAACAAAAAUGAAAAGGGAUACAUUGAAUCUUGAAUUGAGUCUUCAAAGAUACAAAGGUGAUGACUUGAACUCAGCACAAUAUGAUGAAUUAAAUGAACUUGAGAAGCAGCUUGAAAAUUCUAUUAACAAAAUUAGAGCCAGAAAGCUUGAACUCUUGCAGCAGCAGAUGGAAAACCUGAAGAGAACAGAGAAAAUGUUGGAGAAAGAAAAUCAAGACAUGUGUCAGUGGUUGAUGAAGUAUGAAAUGUACAAGCAACAGCCAGCACCAAUGAUGGAGCAACACCAACAAGAAGAAGAAGAAGAAGCAGCAAUUACUGAACUGAAUUUACUUGGAGAACAACCAUUGUUAGCUCAAUUUUCAUUCUUUGGAGAUCAACACCAACUUGGCACUACAAGUAAUUCUUCAGCAUAUCACCUUCAACCUUCUCACCCUAACCUUCAUUUUCCUCCCACUACUUAUGGGGUUGAUGAGAAGGUGUGCAGUCCUUCAUUACCUGUCUAUUUCGUGGGAGAAGUGGAACAGAAGGAUUUAAGGAAGGCAAGUACGAGGUGGACUGAUUCUUGGUCAGCUCCGGUAUCACGUUAA